AUGAUGAAUUUCCUGAGGGCACUCAAUCAGACCGGACGGGUGCUGCGAUGCGGACAUCAGCUUCCGAAGCGUUACUUUUCGAUCGUCGGAAAUCCGAACGUUAGCGCAUAUCUUAUGCAGCAGGCCAAUAAAGCGAAAAAUGUUAACCGUACCCUGCACGGGCUUCACGAACGGAAGCAGGCCACCUUCGACGAGCGCAGCCAGCUCAAGUACGCUAGACGUCUAGUAGUGAAGCUCGGUAGUGCCGUUAUUACUCGCGAAGAUGAACAUGGCCUCGCGCUGGGUCGUCUAGCUUCGAUCGUCGAGCAGGUAGCCGAAUAUCAUGUGGAGGGUCGCGAAUGUAUCAUGGUCACGAGUGGCGCCGUUGCGUUCGGCAAGCAAAAACUUACCCAAGAACUGCUGAUGUCCCUGUCGAUGCGUGAAACACUCUCGCCUACGGAUCAUACACGCCAAGACGCCGGUACACUGCUGGAACCGAGGGCAGCCGCUGCCGUCGGUCAGUCCGGUCUAAUGUCACUGUACGAUGCCAUGUUCGCCCAGUACGGCAUCAAGAUUGCGCAGGUGUUGGUCACGGAGCCCGAUUUCUACAACGAAGAAACGAGAAAGAACCUCUUCAGUACACUCUCGGAGCUGAUCAGUCUCAACAUUGUGCCGAUCAUCAACACGAACGAUGCCGUCGUACCGCCAAUGUUUAUCGUCGAUCAGGAAGUAUCGGCCACGGGCAAAAAGCGUGGCAUUCGCAUUAAGGAUAACGACAGCUUGGCAGCACUUCUAGCAGCCGAAAUUCAUGCCGAUCUACUGAUCCUCAUGUCGGACGUGGACGGCAUCUACAACAAACCGCCGUGGGAGGACGGUGCACGGCUGAUGCACACGUACUGUGCCGGCGACAAGAAUCUGAUCAAGUUUGGCGAAAAAUCAAAGGUCGGCACCGGUGGCAUGAACUCCAAGGUAAUGGCAGCAACGUGGGCCUUGGACCGGGGAGUUAGUGUUGUGAUCUGCAACGGCACGCAGGAUAAGGCUAUCAAAAGCAUACUUACCGGGCGUAAGGUGGGUACGUUCUUUACGGAAUCCACCACCGAGAAGGUGACUCCCGUUGAGCAGAUCGCCGAAAAUGCUCGCAGUGGUAGCCGUGUUCUUCAGAAUCUCACUGCAAACGAACGUGCCCAGGCGGUCAACACGCUGGCCGAUCUGCUCGUAUCGCGUCAAUCACAAAUCCUGGAGGCAAACGCGAAAGAUCUGGAAGAGGCCAAGAAGUCUGGCUUGGCGAAACCCUUGCUUUCGCGACUCUCGUUAACUCCUUCCAAGUUGGAAAGUUUGGCUAAAGGACUGAAACAGAUUGCAGAUGACUCUCACAAGAACGUUGGUCGAGUGGUCAAACGUACCAAAUUAGCCGAUGGACUCGAGCUGAAGCAAAUCACCGUCCCGAUCGGUGUGCUGUUGGUCAUAUUCGAAUCUCGCCCAGACUCGUUACCCCAGGUGGCAGCUCUCGCAAUGGCGUCCGGCAACGGGUUGCUGCUCAAGGGUGGCAAGGAAGCGGCACACAGCAACCGUGCCCUUAUGGAGCUGGUCAAAGAAUCGCUCGCCCCUACGGGAGCCUCAAAUGCAAUCUCUCUGGUAUCGACCCGCGAAGAAAUCAGCGAUCUUCUCUCGAUGGACGAACACAUUGAUCUGAUCAUUCCGCGUGGAUCGAGCGAAUUGGUGCGCAGCAUUCAGGAGAAAGCCCAACACAUCCCGGUGAUGGGACAUGCCGAAGGUAUCUGCCAUGUGUACGUCGAUCGGGAGGCGGAUCUGGACAAAGCGCUCAAGAUCAUUCGCGAUUCCAAGUGUGACUAUCCGGCGGCCUGUAACGCGAUGGAAACGCUUCUCAUCCACGAGGAUCUCCUGCAGAACAGUUCCUUCUUCACCGAUGUGUGCAAUAUGCUGAAGCGCGAAGGUGUCAAAAUCAACUCCGGACCGAAACUUAAUCAGCAAUUGACGUUCGGUCCACCACAGGCCAAAUCGCUCAAGUUCGAGUAUGGUGCGUUGGAGUGCAGCAUUGAGGUGGUGAAGAAUUUGGAGGAAGCUAUCGAUCAUGUCCACACGUACGGCAGUGGUCAUACGGAUGUUAUCGUCACGGAAAAUCCCUCGUCGGCCCAAUACUUCCAGAGCAACGUGGACAGUGCCUGUGUGUUCCACAACGCUAGCAGUCGGUUUGCGGAUGGAUUCCGCUUCGGACUCGGUGCCGAGGUAGGCAUUUCCACUGCCAGGAUACACGCCCGUGGACCGGUCGGUGUCGAGGGACUUCUUACGACGAAAUGGAUCCUCAGUGGCGUUGAUCAUACGGCGGCGGAAUUUACCGAAGGAUCCCGUGCCUGGCUACAUCAGCCAUUGCCGACCGAAUAGUGGACCGGACAUCCACCACACGGUCAUUUCAAUCCUUGGCAAACGUGCUCCCGUUUACAAAGUUUUCUUCGCUCGAAUUGCACUUGCCAGCCAUUUACAACUGCCAG